GUGCCAUAGAAUGUUAGCCAAAUUAUUGAAAUCUUCCAUUUCCGGACCCAGUUAAAAAAUAUGUUUACUUUGGCCACUCCUAAGUUUAGCAAGGCUCCAACUUCACUUUCCCUUCUAUAAAAACCCAUUUCCCUUUCUUUUUCUUCACAUCCCUCCCUAGCCAGAAUCAGAAGCAGCAGAUCAUCUUUGAAUUUUCAUAUAGUUUCUAGUUUUAGUUUCUUGAUCCAAAGGGAGGAAAGAAAAAAAGUUAGAACCCAGAUGGGGAAAUGAGUCAAAUGACUGAGUAAUCAGUUUCAGGAUCAUUGGAGACAUAUCAAGAUUCUUAGAACUAGAUUUCAGCUCUUUAUCAUAUUUGGGUACCUCAAAAUUCUGUUUCUGAGUCUUCUAGAUUAGAAAGGAAUUUGGGUUUCAUCAUUUUGAUCAAAAUCUUUGAUAUCUUUUUCCUUUUCUGCUACAUAUUUCAGAAUAAUCUGUUUUACAGAAGAGAUCAUUCAUCAUGUCUAGAAUUUCCAGUCCUAUCCUGUUUUUAAUCUUCUUCAUUUCUCUCUUCUUUUCAUCCUCUGCCAGGUCCUGUCAAUAUACUUUUCCUAAAGGCCGAGUCUUCAAAUCAUGCAUUACUCUUCCUGUUCUGAAUUCUUUUCUUCACUGGACUUGCAACCCAUCUGGAACAGUCAACAUUGCCUACAGACACACAGGCAUUGGUUCCUCUAGAUGGGUUGCUUGGGCUAUCAAUCCUAGAGCCAGAGGCAUGGUUGGAUCACAGGCUUUUGUUGCUUACCAGCUUCCAAAUGGAGCCAUGCGUGUCUACGCAGCACCUGUGACUAGUUAUACUACACAGUUGAAGCCGGGUGUUCUAAGCUUUGCAGUCUCAGAUCUAUCAGCCACCUAUGCAAAUAAGGAGAUGAUCAUCUAUGCUACUCUGAGACUACCCAGGAACAUGACUGUUGUCAAUCAGGUCUGGCAAGAAGGCCCCCUUUGGAGGAACACCCCAAUCAUGCAUCCAACCUCUGGAGAAAACCUUGAUUCUAUGGGAAUUGUGAAUUUCCAUUCUAGGUAGAUGGCCAUUACCAGUGCAGAGAAAUCAAGAAUUAGAAGAUGGAAUAAAAGCAAGUAAAGCAACCAUUAUGGGGCUUUCUUUUACAUGUAGUCACUUUUGUUCUUCUUUUUUCCAUUGUAGUUGAUUGGCUCUUUCUAUUGUUGCUUUCUGUUUCUGAAGGAUCAGAUGUAAUAACAAGAUUGAGCCAUCUUUGUAAGACUAAAAAUAGACAAGAGACAUUCUAGAAUAACACC